AUGCUCAAGUUUGAUCCGGACUGGCGCGAUGGUCGGUCGAAGCCAUUCACUCCGUGGCAGUUGGCGUUCCAAGCGGAGUGGAAGAAGCUCUCCCACCGUCCGCUUGGCCCCUCAGCUUCGACUUACACCACAGACCUCUCGACCUGGACUUGCUCUUGUGGCCAGCAAAAAUUCAAUGCUCAUCUACUCUGCAAGCAUCUUGUGCAGGGAGUCCAGCCUCCUAAUCCCAAGUUUUUUCGGCAGGUUUAUCGUCGUCGGGUGACACCAUUUUACCACCACGCACUCCUCAUCCCAAAGGACGGAUCACGACUUGAUACAUCAAAGUAUCAGCCUUCGCGAUUGGCAGGAGACUUUGCCGUGGAUGACCUUCGUGCGAGCGCAACAGCUGAUCAUGGUGGUCUUUCUCACAAUCAGUCGCAUGCUCCGUUUGCCGAACUCAGCGAUGAUCAGAGUUCCGAUUCAUCGUCGCCACCUCGCUCUCAACCACCUGUUCGGCCCGAUGAAGAAUUUGAUGAUACCGAAGAACUGCGGGACUUUAGUCAAAAGCUGCUUGAAGAUUGUCAGCACACAGUCAGCAUCCUUAAGCGUCAACUUGAAGACGUUGAUGAGUCAAAAAUCUUCUUGCGCAGCCUCAAGCGUCGGAAAGCCACCACCAUGCGCCGUUUCUCGACCCUCAUCAAAUCUCCCUCUGUGGGCCUCUCGUCGACCACCGUUUACGACGAUGUGGAGACCGAAUCGAAGACGUCCACCAUCGUGAGGGACGAGCCGCUGCCCCCGGCAUCGAUGAAGAUUAAGCGACUGGACUACUUCUACUCGAGCUGGUCGAAACAGUGGAAGUAUAAGAACAUGAACUCACGUGUGACGGUCGAAACGCUCCCGAUUCUAGGCGGAGGGAGCAACGAUCCGUGGAAGGACUAUAGCUUUGUCGUUGUGAGGACGAUCCCUCAGCAAGAGAACCAGAAACCGACCUUCAAGAUCGUUAUCAAAAGCGCGUAUCUUGCGAAAGCGCUGCGAGAUGUCAUUCAAACUUGGCCUGGUGUCUCUUGGAACGCCGAUCCUCUUGAGCUCGAGCCGGAGAUCUUCCUGACCUGGCUAUCCAGCCUUACGGCCUAUCGGGACAAGCUGUCCGCUACGAAGAGCUUGACUGAACAAGACUCGCAUGUCCUCUCCUCUGUCAACCUGCUUCUGUCGUUUCUCGCUCAGGACUACCGCACCACAAUCAGCACAAUCACACGGCUGACCGCUCACGGCGAGAUCACCUGGGAUCUGCUGUACGCGAUUCUCGUGCCGCGGACACUCAUUGUUGGGCGGUGUGCUGUGACUGGGCACGAGCGGCUGUUCGUGCUCCAGAGCUUCCAGCGCACCGCGGUCGAAGGGGUGGCCGUCUUCCAGCUCUCGCUCGAGGCCGUCGACCUCGUCGACCGUCCUGCGACCCAGACGGUGGGCGUCGGGCGCGUCACCGCUGUCGCGCUGAUCCCGUUCUUCAAAGGCGCGAUGCGGAUCGACCAGCUGGAUGCGUUCCCGGUCCAGUUCCAUCCGAACGAGGCCCAGCUGCGCCAGCGGAUCGUCCAGCGCGGGAAGCGAUGGCUCGAGAUGGCGGGCAUCCAGCACAUGCAAUACGACGGGAUCGCCGCGUUCAGGAUGGGGCCCAAACUCGUGCGUCACGCUGUGCGUGGGCGGGUCAUGGUCGACCGCGAGACGUUCGCCAAGCUGAAUCCGAACUACUCGUUCCCGACUCCCGUCGAGCCAAAAUCGGAUGACGAUCGGAUAGUGGUUCCUAUUGAUAUAUAUGGCAACCCGCUGGUGCAGCCGCCACAGCAAGGACUACACGGAGAUGGCGCGCUUAUGCAUGCCCAGACGACGGAGAGCCUCGAGCUUUCGGAAGAGGAACUGUUGUUGACACCGACCGUGGUGUAUGGCUUUUCGCUCAAUGACAAGAUGUGGUUGGAAUUUGACAUCACCAAGGUGUCUGCUGUUCAGUGGAACUCGGAUGCAUUCGCGAACCUGGUCCUUCCCACCGACCGCAAGACUCUGCUCCAGUCUCUGGUCGAGGCCCACCACGACGAGGCCGGCUUCGACGACUUUGUCAAAGGCAAGGGAGCAGGUCUCGUGGUGAACCUAUUCGGGCCUCCGGGUGUCGGCAAAACAUUUUCUGCAGAAGCUACGAGCGAACAUGUCAAACGCCCUCUUUACGUUAUCGGCGGAGGAGAUCUGGGCACGACGGCUUCCGCACUGGACCAUGCGCUGGAGAACGUGUUCAACGUCGCGACUGCCUGGAAAGCCAUCGUGCUGAUCGACGAGGCGGAUGUCUUCCUCGAACGGCGCUCGUUGCAUGAUCUGGAGCGCAACGCCAUGGUCGCUGUCUUUCUGCGCCAUGUCGAGUACUACCGAGGAAUCCUCUUCUUGACGACGAAUCGGGUGCAGGCUUUCGACGAGGCCUUCUUGUCACGAAUCCAUGUGGCCCUCCACUUCGGCCCUUUGAGCAAGUCGUCGCGAGCCGAGGUCUGGCGGGCAUUCAUCGCUCGAUCUGGUGCGGUCGGCAUCACGGACGACAAUGUCGACCGACUGGCCAAACGCGAGAUCAACGGGCGUCAGAUCAAGAAUGCCGUAAGAACGGCGUGUUCGCUCGCCCGUGCCAGGAAACAAGAUGUUGGCUUCAGCCACUUUGUCGAAACGCUGGAUGCCAUGGACGAGUUUACGCAGCAGUUCGAGAGCAUGAAGACCAUCGGAGCCUGA